CUCUCUCUUUCUCUCUCUGGGGUGGAGUUGAUUCUGCAAACCAAAAGGAGAAAAGAAGAAGAGCCUAAAACCCUGUACUCUUGACCCUACGAAGUUCAAAACCCCUAUCCUCAAAUGCCGAAACAAGAACACAUUUUACCCCUUGGCCUCUUCCUCUCCCUGAGUAUUCUAACGCUUGCUUCCCUUGUAAACACCAAAUCAACGAUCGAACCAUGUUCCAACUCCAAUUACUGCAACGCCCUUGUGGGUUACACUCUCUAUACAGACCUCAAAGUCUCUGAAGUUGCUGCUCUCUUCCAAAUAGACCCCAUUGCUCUUCUUACCGCUAAUGCCAUUGACAUCUCCUACCCAGACGUCGAAAACCACAUCCUCCCAGCUCGCUUGUUCCUUAAAGUCCCAAUCACUUGCUCUUGCUCUGAUGGUAUCCGUAAAUCUGUUGCUACACGAUACAAGACUCGCCCUUCUGAUACUCUCGCUGGCAUUGCCGAUAAUGUCUACUCUGGCCUUGUUUCUGCUGAUCAGAUUAGAGAGGCAAACUCGAUUUCUGAUCCUAGUGUGCUCGAUGUUGGGCAAACGCUACUUGUUCCUCUCCCCUGUACUUGCUUCAAUAAUACCGAUAACUUCCUUCCUGCGAUCUAUCUGUCUUAUGUGGUGAGACCCGUGGAUACAUUGACAGGAAUCGCUGCUCAAUAUGCUACUACAAUCACGGAUCUUAUGAAUGUGAAUGCCUUGGGGAGCCCUUCAAUUAAGGCUGGUGACAUUCUUGCUGUUCCUAUACCUGCCUGUGCAUCCAAUUUUGUGAAAUAUGCAUCGGAUUUUGGCUUGAUCGUGCCAAAUGGGAGCUAUGCCAUUACGGCAAGUCACUGUGUGCAAUGCAGUUGCGGGCUUGGGAAUCUAAAUUUAUACUGUACACCAGCUUCUUUGGCAGCUUCUUGUUCAAGUAUGCAAUGCAGAAAUAGUGUAUUCACGCUUGGGAACAUUACAGAACAAUCCGGCAGUGCUGGUUGCAAGGUUACAUCAUGUGCUUAUGAUGGCUUUGUGAAUGGCACCAUUUGGACAACGUUGUCGACGUCCCUUCAACCACAAUGCCCAGGGCCACACCAAUUUCCUCUGCUAUCAGCCCCGCCCUCUGGUACGAUCGUAAAUUCUUUAUCGGCUCCAGUGCCUGCACCUUCUCAACCAGGUGGUGUAGUCCCAACAACACCCAAGUCUUCAAUUGUGCCAGUAACUGGGUUGCUUCCUAGUUCAUCUCCAGCCAAUGGUCCUAUUGGAAGUACCUCUGAUGCUUCUCUCUUGGCAAGUCCUUUAUCUAGUUUUGCAAGGGCAACAAUUUUUUGUCUAUUUAUCAAAUUGAUGGUGUCAAUGGCACUGUAAUCGUUUCUUGCUGAGCGCAUGGCUGGAUGGUGGGAUUUUUCUUGGCAGUUGCUUUAUAUCUGGUUGGGCCUACUUCUUGUUGUAUUUACCUUUUCCAUUUUUUUUGUCUAAAUGUAUUGACAGGCUAAUUUUUCUGGAUGUAUCUUCGGAACAAGGAAUUUUGUACUUAUGCUCUGCUAGCAUUUUGUUAUCGGUGAAUGCUUU